AUGGCGCUGAGCAGCUCGCCGUUGGCAGCAGUGAUGCUGAUGAUGGCAUUCUCUGCAGCGGCGGCGGCCGACGUGCCUUCGCCGCCGCAGAACUGCACCCGCACGUGCGGCAGCGUGAGCGUGCCGUACCCAUUCGGCGUCGGUCCGGCCAGAUGCUACAGGCCGGGCUUCAACCUCACCUGCGACACGAGCGGCCAGGGCACACCACGGCUGCUGCUCGGCGACGGAACGCUCCAAGUAGCGGAGAUCUCCAUCUACAACUCGACGGUGCAUGUCAUACACAACGGCGACAUAAAAGUCGACGCCGUCGGCAACGGCAUGUUUAGCGGCGUACUCAGCGACGACGACGGGCCCUACAGUCUGUCGUUCGGUAAUGAACUCGUCGUGGUGGGCUGCAACGUCUACGCGACACUGCACGAGAAGAAUACAGACGCCAUUAUAAGCGGUUGUGCUUCAUUCUGCCCCGACGACGUCGUUAUGAUGUACGCUCUCCUUGCCGCAACUACCACACUAGAAACACUACUAAAUUCGACCGCUCGCAAGUACUGCGACGGCAUGGUUUGCUGCCAGGCGGCCAUCGCCCAAACCCGUCAGAAUCUACCGGGCUCCGUGCAGAUCAAAUGGCUCCGUCCGAACCAUAAAGUGGACGAGCCAGGACCGCGUUCGCGCGUGUUCGUCGCGGAGAAAGCGUGGUUCGACCAGAAAUUGGUCUAUGAUGGUUUAAUGGCAGAUCCUCCGUCAAAAGAUGCAAUGUCAGUUCCCAUUCUUCUGGACUGGGCGGUCGUUGACGAAGAGCGCCCCCCAUCAAACGAGGACAGUACGUCCUUGGGUUGCACCAGGAAAGAAGCCCUCAAGGUCUGCAAGAGCAAGAAAAGCGCCUGCAGUUCGACAGGCAGAGGGCGUCUUUGCUACUGCCAAAAUGGCUACGAAGGCAAUCCUUAUAUCGCCGAUGGAUGCCAAGAUAUCGACGAGUGCGACCUCCCUGCAAAAGACAUCGAGUGCUACGGAGAAUGUACCAACACACAGGGAUCCUUCGAGUGUCGUUGCCCGCAAGGAACCGUUGGCAACCAUACCCUACCCAAUGGCUGCGUCCAACUCCAACCUACCACCACCAAGCCUGCUGCAAAACCUGGUAAGACCCGUUUAUUAAUCGGGAUAGGACUUGGCAGUGGUGCAGGAGUUAUUCUUUUUAUUCUCACAAUAUUCUUCAUGGUGCAAAAGAUUAAACAUCAGAGGGCCAAAAAGUUGAGACAUAAAUUUUUUGAGCAAAAUCGUGGACAAUUAUUGCAACAACUAGUAGCGCAAAGAGCUGAUAUUGCAGAAAGAAUGAUCAUAGCAUUAGAAGAGCUGGAGAAGGCAACAAACAAUUUUGAUAAAUCUCGGGAGCUUGGUGGGGGAGGGCAUGGUACUGUUUACAAAGGGAUUUUAUCAGAUCUACAUGUAGUAGCAAUCAAGAAACCAAAGGUGGUGGUUCAAAAAGAGAUUGAUGAGUUUAUCAACGAGGUUGCUAUCUUGUCCCAAGUCAACCAUAGAAAUGUGGUGAAACUCUAUGGUUGUUGUCUUGAAACGGAAGUUCCAAUGUUGGUUUACGAAUUUGUAUCCAAUGGGACCCUUUAUGACCAUCUUCAUUCAAGGUCACUAUCAUGGGGACAUAGGCUACGUAUAGCAGUUGAAACAACCAAAUCUCUUGCUUAUCUUCACUUGUCUGUUUCGAUACCUAUCAUCCAUAGAGAUAUCAAGUCCGUUAAUAUACUUUUGGACGAUACUCUAACAGCAAAGGUAGCAGACUUUGGAGCUUCAAGGUACAUUCCAGUGGAGCAAUCAGGGGUAACAACAAUGGUGCAAGGUACAAUAGGAUACUUAGAUCCUAUGUACUUCUACACAUCGCGCCUCACAUAUAAGAGUGACGUUUAUAGCUUUGGUGUCAUUCUUGUGGAACUAUUGACUCGAAAGAAGCCCUUCUCAUACAUGUCUUCUGAAGGUGAUAGUCUUGUUGCAAAAUUUGUUACCCUGCUUGCGGAAGGCACUUUAUUGCAGAUAUUAGAUCCACAAGUGAUCGAAGAGGGCGGGAUAGAAGUUGAAGAAGUUGCCAAGCUUGCGGUAACAUGUGUGAAAUUAAACGAAGAGGAUCGUCCAACCAUGAGGUUAGUGGAAAUGACACUAGACGGCCUUCAAACAUCCAUGGAUCACAUUGUAGAUGGUCAAGUGGUCGGGGAAUUUGAGAAGGGUGACAUUGCAAUAAAUCCACCAUCAACAAAUAGUGCCGAAAGAAACAAUGAUGAUUCAACAAGACAAUACAGCUUAGUAGAAGAGUUUAUGUUAUCUGCAAGGUGCCCUCGAUAG